AUGGCUGCCGCCGCUGCUGCCUGCACCCAGGAGCCUGGCAGUGCCUGCCAGAGCAUUCGCGUCUUUAACGGCCGAAUGCCGAAUGCCUCCUGCUCUUCGCAGGAUCCACGCUGCUUGCCCUUUGAGGCUUCCUGGGGCUUGGAGCAGCUGGAGCUGGCUCGCACCAAGGUGGGGCAAGAGGGCUGUGAUGCCUUGGCUGGCGCUGUUGCAGCACGAGCGGCCUUGGCCGAGGAGGCAAGCCGCCGCCUCGCAGAGAGGUCUCUGAACCAGGUGGAGCUACAAGACAGAUGGGGCCGGCGGUGCCCGGCAGGACUGACAAUUACGGGGUUGGAUGUUUGCGAUGCCAACGUCACAGAGAUGCUGCACACUGCGCACAGGCGCAUGGUGGCGCAUUGGCCAAUGGCUAACCAGGACAGCGGCUUGGCUUGGGAAAGCGAGCAGCCUGCGUGGCUCGGUCUUUGCCAGGACGUGGAUGUAGACCACUUCGUGCACAAGGAGGCUGCUAGCAUCGAGAAUGUGGAGCUGGAAGAGUCAUACUUUGCCACGCUCCAUCGACCAGGCGAUUCAAAGCUGCCACAGAAGCCAGCCGUGGGGGAGCGACAAGUCCCCCGUGCAGCUGCUCAAGAAGAAUUGCUUGUCGGGCAAGCUAAGGCCGCCCCGGCCACAGAGGUCAACACAGGCUCGAUGCAAGGAAGAUCAUCUCCCGUAAAAGGCAAGGGCAAAAGCAGUCCUGGCAAGGGCACUGGACCACCUCCCAAGGGGAAGGGCAAGAGCUCAGCCAAAGGAAGAGGCAAAGGAGUGGGAAAAAUUGGAAAAGAGGCCAAAGAGGCCGAUGAGAGCCAAGCGAAGGGAGCGGCCCCUUUUGGACGGAGAAUGCAUUGGGUGCAGCCUCAAUACAGACAGCCCGAACAUGAGACAGUCUUCGGAGACCCGGAUGCUGCUAUGGACUUGGACACGGAUGUGCUCGCAUCACUGCUCAGCGGCACAGCUACGAAAAUGGCACCGAAAAGCCGUGCCGCGCAACAGCGGAAGGCGGAAGGGAUCAAGGUUCUUGAUGCCUCCAGGGCACAAAAUAUUGCCAUCGUAUUGAGCAAGCUGCCAAUGUCAUCCGAAGACGUCUGCGAAGCUUUGGCAAACCUUGAGUUUUCCCGGCUUGCACUGUCGGAUGACAUCGUGGAGCUGCUUACAAGUGUGCUUCCAACACCGGAAGAAACACAGAAACUCAAGAUUCACAAGGACUCGCCUGAAAACUUGCGGGAUAUUGAGCAGAAGGUGCUGCCUUUCUGCUUUCUGCCUCGUGCCACGGCUCGACUACGACUGUUUCGAUUUGCUGCUUCGCACACGGAGAGCGCGUCAAUGUAUUUGCAACGGUGUCAAACCCUCCAUCUUGCUGCGACGGAAGCAAGAAACAGCCAAGAACUUCGCAGGGUUUUGGCGAUCAUACUUCGCAUUGGCAACUACAUAAACCACGGAAUGAAGGAUGUCAGCGGCGCGGCCGGCGGCGCAUGUGCUUUCUCCAUUGAGACACUAGCGGCAAUAACAAGCUUCAGACUUGGCAACAUGUCUACGCUCCAGUUUCUUUGUGUGACUCUUCGCCGCACGAACCCAAACUUUGUCGAUGCGCUGUCAGAGAGUCUGAAGCAUGUUGCCGCGGCGGCCAGGGAGAAAAGUGUGCAUCUAAAGUCAUGUAUCCACGCCUUCCUGAGCGAGGUGGAGUUCGCAGAAAGAGAGGUAUCUCACAUGCCAGAGGAUCAACCUUCUUCAGGGGCCACAGACGCUCUACUGAAAGAUCUUUCCUCAGAAGUUGCUGAGCUCAAGGACUCCUUGGGGAAGGCAUUCAGCAAGUGCGAGGAGGUACAAGAAUAUUUUUGCACGUCGGAGGACAGACCCAAAGACUCCGCACCGCCGCCGUACGAAAAUUUCUUCCUGCACCUGUCCGACUUCCUUGACUCUUUGCGCAAAGCUUGGAAGGAGACAGCACCUGCAGCACCUGGGCCAAGUCAGCAGGCAAAGCUUCAGGCGAAGCCCAAGGUGCGCAAGCGGCGAGAUCCUUCAGAAAGCACAAAGAACGCGGCCAAAGCAGGCCCGCCCAUCUGCCGCAGAGCCUUUCCUGACUCGGCACCAGCACAGAAGCCAGAAAGCCCAAGAAGAACUGGCCAACAAGUCGACGCUGUGCAAGAAGUGGCUCCUUCCUCGCUUGCGAAGCAAGACCCUUUCUGGGAGAUGGAGGUUGAUGUGGAGGCGCUUCUUAGUGAUAUUUUCGCUACUCAGGAUGAGAGACUUGGUUUGGACUUGGAAACAUCAACGGGACCUCGGGACUCGGAUUGCUGUUCCUCAGCUUCUUUGGACUGGACCAAGAAUGUCAAAACGAUGUCCAGCGAAGCUUCUGUGCUUCUCGAGAACACAAAGGCAAAGGACAAUGAAGUGCACAUAGACGUGGAUGACUUGAUUGACAGCAUCUUUGAUUGA